AUGGCAGACAUUAAAGAAAAUGCAAAAUCAGCUGGAAAGAGCCCGGCAUUCAAGUUCUUGACCUUCUUGGUUGGUUUCCAAGAUGUCGCAGAUCAUGCAGCAACAUCUCCGCUUCUUGGGAAAAUAAGGUCAUUAGUGCCAGAGGCCCACAUCGUCCAUCACAGCAUUUACAGUCAAGGUCCAAACUCGGCCCCCCAGCAAGAUGAUGUUCAUCAAGAAGAUGAUUUUUCUGAUGGUAACAAUGGCGUUGUGAAAAGAUCAAGCCUUGAACAUACAAUGGAGCUUUACGAUCUUAUCUCGCCUGCUUGGAUUGAAAAAGAAGCCUUAAACCUCCUCAUCUGCAUCCGCGAAGCAAGCACUCAGAAGGGCGCCAAACGCAGUUUUCCAGUACUGCUUGCAGGCUAUGGGUUUGGGGGCGUCAUUAUGAAGCAUGCUAUGGUCAUUGCCAAUUCUACUCCAAGCUUUUACGAUGUUGCAAUCAGAGUUAAUAGCCUCGUCUUUGUUUAUACACCAGGACCUCUUAGGCAAAGAACAAAGUGGGAAAAUGAUCUCAUCGAGAUGUUGAACAUAACACAAAAAGACUACCAUGGCAGAUUGUCCCAAAUCUUCCAGAGUCUUGUUGACUUCGUGUUUCAAUUGACCUAUGUAUUUCAUCGAUUCACUGGGAAAUACCAGAUCACUCACUGGGUCAAAAGCACUAGCGAGGGCGAGUUAUACACAAACAACUAUCCGCACUAUUUAGAGAAAGUGGUAUCUUUGUCUUCGGAUGGCACGAACGAUAUAUUGAGGUGCGCGAUAGAAAAUCUGGCUCAGCUUGAACUACUCAGAGACUCUUUUGCGCCUCAUAACUUAUUACUGGAUCAGUCGAAUGGUAAUUCAGCGCUUCAAUUUUAG